AUGGACCCCAUAGCUUAUGCUAAGCUACUGAAGGAAUCUGGCAGCCAGGUUUUUAAGAAUGGGAACUUCUCUUUGGCAAUCAGAAAGUGUGAUGAAGCCACGCAGAUUCUCCUACAGUUACACCAGACUCCCCCUAGGGAGUUGGCUGUGCUGCUGUGCAACAAAUCCAAUGCAUUUUACAGUCUUGGGAAAUGGAAUGAGGCAUUUCUUGCUGCCAAGGAAUGUCUCCAGUGGGACCCAACCUAUGUGAAGGGAUACUACCGAGCUGGUUAUUCCUUACUGCGCUUGCUCCAGCCUUAUGAAGCUGCUCGUAUGUUUUUUGAGGGUCUACGACUUCUGCAGAACAGCCAAGACCAAGUACAGGUUCCUGAUUUCCUUGUUGGGAUCUUCACAACUAUGAGCAGUGACUCAAUUGUUUUGCAGAGUUUCUUGCCAUGCUUUGAUCAUAUUUUCACUACUGGAUUUUCAACAGAAGUGUGGCAAUCUGUGAUAGAGAAGUUGGCAAAGAAAGGAUUAUGGCAUUCAUUUCUACUGUUGUCAGCAAAAAAAGACCGACUGCCAAGCAGUAUCUAUGUCCCUGAGUUGUCACUGAAAACUCUGUUUGAGAAGUAUGUCUUCAUUGGGCUGUAUGACAAAAUGGAACAUGUGCCUGGCUUGGUCCAGUGGCUCAUCUCCAUUGGCGCAAGUGUUGAGACCAUAGGACCCAGCCCUCUGCACGCCCUCCUGCGGCUCUGCAUCCAAGCAAGGGAAACUGAACUUUUCAAGUGGCUAAUGGAACACAAGCCUGAGUGGAAAGACUGCAUCAACCACAAAGAUGAGGCUGGCAGCACUGUGCUGCACAUUGUCGCUGCUCACUCCCCAGGAUACUCCAUCAAGCGACAAACAGAGGAUGUACAGAUGCUACUGAGCUUUGGGGCAGACCCCACUCUGCUGGAUCGACACUCUCGGUCUGCUGUGGAUAUCCUGAAGAGGAAUAAGAACUUCAGAGCUAUUGAAAAAAUCAAUAGUCAUCUGGAAAAGCUAGCUGCAUCUUCUAAGAACCUAUCAGAAAUUCCUCGUGGCUUGGUCUGUGGCAUUAACCGAGACUGUGCCAGCACCUUCAUCAAGUUCUUACUGGAGAGACAGAAGUGGCCUGAGGUGCUUCUGCUGCUCACCCGCAAAGUCAAUGGGCAGCCACACCUCAGAAACUGCCUCAUCAAAAACUGCGACCUCUCAGACCUGGACAUCUGUACCGUCAUCCCACAUCUCAGCACUUGGGACCAGAGGAAGACCCAACUGCUGGGCCGCCUGAUUGAUAGUGGAGCACGGCCUGAGGGUCUCCAGGAGAGCCAGAAUAGACCACUUCUCAUGUGCCUGAGACACAAAGACUUUGAGUUGGCUUUUCUUCUCCUGACCAAGGGUGCAGACCCCCGUGGCGUUUCAUUCAUGCAAGGUGACACUCCUUUGCAUGCAGCACUCCACAUAUUUCUGGACAUCAAUGCUGACAUUGGCUUUAACUUCCUCAGCCACCUGUUGGCUUUAUUUUGGUCUGACCCUGCUGAAUUUUACUAUCUUAAUCCUAAUGUCCAAGACAGUAAUGGGAAUACACUGAUGCACCUCCUCUUCCAGAAGGGCAUGCUAAAGCGUACUAAGAAGCUGAUAGACCUGCUGGUGAAAUUUGACAUCAACUUCAACCUGAAGAACAAAGAGGGCAAAGAUGUGCGGCACCGGAUUAAGAAAAAUGAUGCUCUGCUUUUGGCCUGGAACAAAGCCCUGACAGAGAACAGGAGGAAGAACCGGCAAGACUCUGCUGCCCACCUGGGAAAGAUGUCAAAGUCUUCUGUCUCUGGUCAUACAUCUCAGCUCAAGUCCCAGGGUUCCUUCAAGACACUGCCGUGUGGUGACACUACCUGCCCCCUUUCCAAAGGGGACACAGACAUUCUCCCUGAUGCCCAUGUGACCAGGCAGGAGCCUGAAGCCAUCAGGACACGUUCACUGAGAGACCGCCUUGUACAGGACAUCAUAGUUCUGAUCCAGAAGGUUGAGUUGGAUAUGUCCCUCUCAGAGGUCUAUCCUCAGCGAGGUCUUCUCAAGGCAGCAGCUGGAACAGAAGGAAAGAAAGAUAAACUCCAGCCAAUCCAGAGUGUGGGGGACCCUGGCUGUAGGGGACGCAACUCUGCUACCCCAGAGACUGAGGAAGGGAAUGCUCAGGCAGGCUCUGGGGCCUCACAGCUUGUUCCUGCUGGUAACAGAGGGGGAGUGGGCAGUGAUAAUCAGGACAACUGGACCAUGCAGGAGAUUGAGGCCUGCCUCCAGGACUUUGAUAAUAUGACUUGGGAGAUUGAAUGCACUUCAGAGAUGUUGAAGAAGCUGUCUAGUAAGGUAAUGACCAAAGUCAUAAAGAAGAAAAUAAUCCUUGCCAUACAGCAGCUGGGGAAUGGUGAGUGGACCCAGGGCCUGCAGAAGCGGCUGAAGCACUCAAAAGGAAACAUCCAGCUCUUUGAAGCAAAGCUGGAUAAAGGUGCCAGGAUGCUGUGGGAGCUCGCCAUUGACUUCUCUGCUAGGUGCAGUGAGAACUCAGAGAAAAUAAUGGCUACCGAGCGGAAUGCAUACUCCCUGGAAAAAUCAGGGCGGGUCUACACGGAAAUUAUCCGCAUCUGGGACAUUGUCUUAGAUCACUGCAAGCUGUCAGAUUCCAUCAUGGCCAUCUGCAGUGCCUACACACGUGGCUUAUCCUGUGUCCUUCGCAAGAAGCUGAAGGGUAUCAACAAAGGCCAAGUAUCAGCUAACAUGAAAAUCCAAAAGCGAAUACCCCGCUGCUAUGUGGAAGACACAGAGGCUGAGAAGAGCAGAGAGCAGGUGGAUCCCGAGUACUUUCCUCCAGCCAGUGCUGUGGAGACAGAGUAUAACAUCAUGAAGUUCCACAGCUUCAGUACCAACAUGGCCUUGAACAUCCUCAAUGACAUGACAGCAACCGUGGAGUAUCCCUUUCGAGUGGGUGAGCUUGAGUAUGCAGUGAUCGACCUCAACCCCAGGCCACUGGAGCCCAUCAUUCUCAUUGGGCGGAGCGGCACUGGGAAGACAACCUGCUGCUUGUACAGGCUUUGGAAGAAAUUCCAUGUCUACUGGGAGAAAGCUGAGCAGGCAGGAAGCCCAUUGCUGUCCAAACAGAUCUUGCCAAAGCGAAGGUUAGAAGUAGUACCUGGAAAAGAAGGUCCAGGUAGGGAGGAAGAAGAAGAUGAGGAAGAGGAAGUUUACAUCAAAGUGGAAACAGUAGAUGGCAUAGAUGAGGAGCAAGAAAGUGAAGCCUGUGCAGGGGGAGCCAUGAUGGAGCCAGGGGACAGCCAAAUGGCAGAAGAACAUGUGCCAGAACACCCCCACCAGCUGGAGCAUCUGCACCAGAUCUUCGUGACCAAGAACCAUGUCCUAUGCCAGGAGGUGCAAAGGAAUUUUAUUGAGCUCUCCAAGUCUACAAAGGCCACAAGUCACUACAAACCACUUGAUCCUAGUGUCCAUAAACUCCAGGACCUGAGGGAUGAGAACUUUCCUCUGUUUGUCACUUCCAAACAGCUGCUUCUCCUGCUUGAUGCCUCUCUACCAAAACCAUUUUUUCUGAGAAAUGAAGAUGGGAGCUUGAAAAGAACCAUUGUAGGAUGGUCCACACAGGAAGAGUUUACCAUCCCCAACUGCGAAGAAGAUGAGGAAGAGAUUGAGGCAGACGGGAACUAUAUCGAGGAGGAUAAGGCUGAAGAAACACAUGCAGGUGACAACGACCCCCGGAUAUAUGUGACAUUUGAGGUGUUCACCAAUGAGAUAUGGCCCAAAAUGAUAAAAGGGAAAACUUCCUAUAACCCAGCAUUGAUUUGGAAAGAAAUAAAAUCUUUUCUGAAGGGUUCUUUUGAGGCUCUUAGUUGUCCCCAUGGGAGACUCACUGAGGAAGCCUAUAAGAAAUUAGGGAGAAAGCGAUCCCCCAAUUUCAAGGAAGACAGGAGCGAGAUCUACAGCCUGUUCUGUCUGUAUCAGCAGAUCAGGUCCCAGAAAGGCUAUUUUGAUGAAGAGGAUGUUCUAUACAACCUGUCUUGGAGGCUGUCGAAGCUCAGGGUACUCCCCUGGUCCAUCCAUGAGCUCUAUGGUGAUGAGAUUCAGGACUUCACUCAAGCUGAGUUGGCACUGCUGAUGAAGUGCAUCAAUGAUCCCAAUGCCAUGUUCCUCACUGGAGAUACAGCUCAAAGCAUCAUGAAGGGUGUGGCCUUCCGCUUCAGCGAUCUGCUCUCUCUGUUCCACUAUGCCAGCAGAAAUACAGUAGACAAACAAUGUGCUGUCCGGAAGCCCAAGAAGAUCCACCAGCUGUACCAGAACUACAGAUCUCACUCAGGAAUCCUCAAUCUUGCAUCUGGAGUGGUGGACUUACUUCAGUUCUAUUUCCCAGAAUCCUUUGAUCGCCUUCCAAGAGAUUCUGGUCUUUUUGAUGGUCCCAAGCCAACUCUCUUGGACUCUUGCAGUGUAAGCGACUUGGCAAUUUUGCUGCGAGGGAACAAAAGGAAAACCCAGCCCAUCGAAUUCGGUGCCCACCAGGUGAUUCUUGUUGCCAAUGAAAUGGCAAAAGAGAAAAUUCCGGAAGAGUUGGGGUUAGCACUUGUGCUAACAGUUUACGAGGCAAAAGGAUUGGAAUUUGAUGAUGUCCUCCUUUACAACUUUUUUACCGAUUCUGAGGCUUACAAGGAAUGGAAGAUUAUUUCCUCAUUCAUACCUUCAUCUGACUCCAGAGAGGAAAACUGGCCACUGAUUGAAGUACCCUUGAAGAAACCCAGCUCUUCUCAGGCUCGGUCCCUUAUGGUGAACCCAGAAAUGUACAAGCUCCUCAAUGGAGAGCUGAAACAGCUGUACACUGCCAUCACACGAGCUCGGGUCAACCUCUGGAUCUUUGAUGAAAACUUAGAGAAACGGGCUCCUGCUUUCAAAUAUUUCAUUAGGAGAAAUUUUGUCCAAGUUGUGAAGACAGAUGAAAAUAAAGACUUUGAUGAUAGCAUGUUUGUUAAGACCUCAACUCCUGAAGAGUGGAUCACACAAGGAGACUACUAUGCCAAGCACCAGUGCUGGAAGGUUGCAGCUAAGUGUUACCAGAAAGGAGGUGCAUUUGAGAAGGAGAAGUUGGCCCUGGCUCACAAUACUGCCCUGAACAUGAAAUCCAAGAAAGUCAGCCCUAAGGAGAAGCAAUUGCAGUAUUUGGAGCUAGCUAAGACUUACUUGGAAUGCAGUGAGCCAAAGCUGUCCCUUAAGUGUCUGAGCUAUGCUAAGGAGUUCCGGCUCUCUGCCCAGUUGUGUGAGAGGUUGGGAAAGAUAAGAGAUGCUGCCCAUUUCUAUAAGCGAAGCCAGUGCUACAAAGAUGCUUUCAGAUGCUUUGAGCAGAUUCAGGAAUUUGACCUUGCACUCAGAAUGUACUGCCAAGAGGAGCUUUUUGAGGAAGCUGCCAUUGCAGUGGAAAAAUAUGAGGAAAUGCUAAAGACCAAGACCUUUCCCGUUUCCAAGCUGUCCUAUUCUGCCAGUCAAUUUUACUUGGAAGCUGCUGCAAAGUAUCUGAGUGCAAAUAAGACUAAGGAAAUGAUGGCUGUCCUUUCCAAGCUCGAUGUAGAGGACCAGCUGGUGUUCCUGAAGUCUCGGAAAUGCCUAGCAGAAGCAGCAGACCUGCUGAACAGGGAAGGUCGGAGAGAAGAGGCUGCCCUGUUGAUGAAGCAACAUGGCUGCCUCCUGGAGGCUGCCAGGCUCACUGCCGACAAGGACUUCCAGGCCUCGUGUCUGCUGGGAGUUGCCCGCCUCAAUGUGGCCAGAGAUUCUGACAUAGAACAUACAAAGACUAUUCUAAGAGAAGCACUUGAUCUCUGCUAUCAAACUAGCCAGCUGUCUGGCAUCGCAGAGGCCCAGUUCCUGCAAGGGAUCAUCCUGCGAGACUUUCAGAAGCUCAGAGAUGCCUUCAUCAAAUUUGACAUGCUCAACCACUCGGCUGGGGUUGUGGAAGCUCUCUAUGAAGCAGCCAGCCAGUGUGAGGCUGAGCCUCAGAAGGUUCUGGCCCUGGCUCCAGGGGGCUUGGAAGUCCUUCUCAAUUUGGUCAGAGCCCUCAAAAAAGUGACUAACAAUGCUGAAAAAGAAAUGGUCAAAUCUUGCUUUGAGUUUUUUGGAAUUUCCCAGGUAGAUGCCAAGUAUUGUCAGAUAGCCCAGAAUGACCCUGGGCCCAUAUUGAGAAGAGUUUUUGAGUUGAAUUUGACCUUGAGUGAGAAGAAAACGAAAGAUCACUUCUUGAUCACAACUGAACAGGUGAAACUGGCUCUGAACAAGCACCUUUUGAGCAGACUGUGUCAGAUCACACAGAGCCUUCUUGCAAAGACCUACCCGGCAGUCUGCACAAGAUUUACUGUGGGCUUAAAAUGCGAGGAUGAGCGGUGUGAAGAUUUCCACAGACCCCUGAGGCGCUGUGAGGCCAAGUGCAUGGUUCAGUCAAAAAUGCACCUGGUGGCAAUCAAUGGGUUGCUUCUGGAAGCCAAAAAAGUAUUCCCUAAAAUCUUAGCUGAAGAACUUGAGGAAAUUGAUGGUAUUUUGUCUACAGAUAUGUAUAGCCUUUGUAAAUCCUUCCUGAAUGUCCUCUUCCCUAGGCAUUUCCAUCAGAGAGUACUGUCAGAAAACCCCAUGGCUUGCAAAGAAAUUCUCAAGACAAAUUACAAGUCCUUCCGAUCCUACCGGUUUGCCUUGAAAGAGUACAUCUAUAACCUGUUCCAAAACGAAAGUGCACACAGCCGCCGGGAAUCCACAGACCUGUGGUUGAGGGCCAUGCAGACUUUCCUUCUCUCAUCCAGCUACCCGGAGGAGUUUGAAAAGCUGCUCCACCAGGAGGAGGACAGUUACAAUCGGGAGCUGAAAGCCCUGGAGUCUGACAAAGAGGAAAGGAGCAGGGGGAGAGGCAGCAAAAUGAAAGGAAUAGAAGGGAAAUUUGGCAUGCUAGUGCCCAACAAGGAAGAUGAAAGUACAGAAAAGUCUCAUUUGUGCUUCAUUCGGCUGCUGGAGAGUUCCAUGGACCAGCUCUAUGUGCAUAGAAACCCUGAAGACUACAAGAGGCUCUUCUAUCGCUUCAUGAAUGUCCUCAUCAAGCGAUGCAAAGAACCACUCAUCCCCAGCAUUAUCAACACAGUGCUGCUACUGGAACUCCAGUUUGUCCACUGUGGAGUGGUGCUGACCCGCCUCUGGAAGAACGCCGUCCUGUGCCUCCCUAAGAGCUACAUUGCGCUCUUGCACUACUGGGAGUUCCUGUCCAGCAAGAAGGACAGGGAGCUCAGCGAUGUGUUCUCCAUUAUUCAAGAGUACAAGCCGAAGGAUGUGGCCAGAGCCAUUCGGGACUUCAGGUUCCACCUCUCCUACCUCGUCAAGGUGCUGUGUGGUUACGAGAAUAUGAACUUCAAUGUCCUGCUCGAUGCCUUCAGUGAAAUAGACUAUGUGAUUUCAGGCGAGGCUGAGCGGACACUGGUGCUGUGUUUGGUGAUGCUGGUGAACGCUGAGGAAGUCCUGCAGCCCUUUUGUAAGACACUUCUGUAUCGCCACUUCCAGGAGAUCCAGACAAGGCUGGAGCUGAUGAGCAUGGACUGGCCAGACCAGGUUCCCCAGAGGCUGCGGAAGGUGGUGCAGCGGGUGUUGGUGGCGGGCAGCGUGAAGUCUGUGGCUGAGGCACUGCAGGAUCUGCUCUUCGAGCGGGAUGAAGAAUAUCUGGUGGACUGCCACUGGCGGUGGGACAGUGUGCACACCAAAGGCACCACUGUGCGUGGCCUCUGUCAUGAGGAGGUCAGACUGAACCGCCUGCUCUGUGUGGGCCCUGUGGACCACUUUGCUGAACCAGAGUGGGACUUAGGUGAAGACGAGAUGGAAGAGUUGGAUGAGGUGGCAUUGGAGGAACGAGAUCACUUUCUGGCCGCCAUCCUUUCCCAGAAGCAGCGCAAGGCCUCCGUCCAGCGCAAACUACGCAGAGCCUGCCUGGUGGUGUCUCUGUGCAUCACCUGGAGGAGAUGGAUCCAGGCAGAACAUGUCAGGGAAGAGGCCAGGGAGCCCAGGGCUGGGAACUUCAAAAGGGCUGAUGUAGACAGGACGCAGUGCGACCUGUGUGGUGUAAAGUUCAGCCGCAGCCCCGAGGGCUACUUUAAUCCUGGCAAAGUGUUUGAGGGAGCAGCCUCAGAGGCUGUGGUCCUUUCCAGGGCUGAGCUGGAGCGGAGGGAAUGCCGCGAAAGAAGCAGCGAGUCCUAUGAGCAGCACAUUCGCCUGGAAAGCCACCAGAGGCAGCAAGCAGCCUAUCAGAAAUACCUGGAAUUUUUCCAUGAGAAGGUGGACCCAGCCAUCGAUGAAGGCAAAGUGGUGGUACAGGACAUUGAGCAGAGCAUAUGGAUCCGCAGUCACCUGGGCUCCAAGGAACAGAGCCACAUGCUGCAGAGGAAGGUGCAGGAGCGCAUCAGGAGGGUUUCGGAUUUGGUGGAGGAGCUGUACAGGAGGAAGGCCUGGGCUGAAGAGGAGGUGAUGACUCGGCAGGUCAAAAUUCUGACCCUGUCAGUUAAGGAUGCACAGGAUUGGCUGAUGAAGACUGAAUUCCGCUUGAAAGAGGAAGGUAUUGUUCAAGAAGAUGAUUAUGAAAAUGAUGUUGAAGACUUUGGCGAGCUCCGUCCUAGAAGGCGGUCCCGGAAAUGCGGGAAACAGCGAAAAUACUAACAUUUCACACAGCUAUUGCCUCUUAAACCUUCAGAACAUUCCAUCUUGUCUUAGAAUUCUGGAUGCUGGGGCAGACUAGAAAAAAGAAUGUGAAUUAGUCUUAAAAAGGAAUAGGUCACCUUUGCUUUUCUUUCUUGUAUUCCUCAUUUAGUGGUGGCUUAGGGCCUGGUUGUUCCCUCAGCUACAGGGACCUUCUGUUUUCCAAGUUGAAAGCAUUGCUUUCCCCCAAACAUGUCCAGUUUAAAGGAGUGGUAGUUGAAAGGAACACUGAGAUUCUUCUGGCCAAAGCCUCAGACUCUCAGGCUCAUCGGGGCAUGAGUCAGUAGCAGAAGACUUAGCAUUUAGACUGGCAUGCCUCAUUUCAGAGUGCCCCUUUUCUGGGCCAGGAAAUCCCUCUGCAAAUCCCUCAUCUCUUGCCACACUGCUGUAACAGAGAGCAGAACCAAGGCAUGUGUGCCCAGGGUUCAUUUGGGCCUCACCAUCAGCCAACCCUGAGCCCAGGCUACUUGAUGAUUGUCUAUGAGCUGGCUUCUGUGAUAUAUGUUAGCCUUUAUCUCUCUGGCAACUUUUCUACCCUCCCUCUACUUUUUGUAAUCAUUCUCAGCUCCCUGUGCAAGUCACGUUAGACUACCUCAGAAUGUAGUCAAGCAUUCCCCCAGCAUCCCUUGGACAUCCUUUCCAUAUGUGGGAAUGUUUGAGGGUGUUCCAGUCUGCCUCUCCAAGGUAGUCCUACCUUUGCCUUGGCUGUUUUGUAAAUGACCUGAGAAGUGCUUUGUGAAUAGCCCAUAUAGUGAUGUUUCUUGGUUCUCCCUGGCAUAGUUGACACCCAUGCUUGGGUUAACAUCUUGAGUUUCUACCCACUGAGCAUUCUAGGUGGGAAACGAUGGACAGAGGAAGAAGGCAGCCUUCCAACCUGGUUCUUUGGGAUUUGACUGGAUCACUGCCAUGUGGCCGGUAGGCCCUGCCAAAGGGCGUUGCAUGUGGUCUGCCUGUGGGAGGCCUGUGUUCCCCUCCACCCACUGCCAGCAGCCAUCAGUCUGGUCUCAUUUGGGAAGCCUUCGUGCCUCUGAUGGUCACUGCCUACCCUUUUCCCCCAGCCCAGGUUCACACUGGCCUGAGGGCUUUGUCCCCACUACACAGAAUCAGCUUUUCCUCCAUGUUGCUGCUGCUUCUGCUGCUCACUGUUUGCCCUCCAUUGUCUUUCUAAAGACCAGUAUCCUUGAAAUCUUUGUGUUUAUAAUUUUUAUUAAGUUGUGUUUCUCAUUUUUAUUCCAGAUUUUUUUAUAAACUUGCCAGAAAAACCUAAUCAAAUAUUGCUGUAUUACCACAUUUUUAUAAAGUUAUAGCAUCUCUUA